UUGCGCUGCACGAUGUUCCUCUCUUGGACUAUGCAAUAGGAAACAGUGAGGUUGCAGUGAUUUGUCCAUCUCCGAGAAGGGCUGGGACCGUUAUAUUUAUACACUCGUUUCCCCUCUGUCGCUGGCCUAUUUAAUUUUUCCAAGAUGCCACGGUCGUUUCUAGUAAAGAAACAUUUUAACUCAGCCAAGAAGCCAAAUUAUGGUGAACUGGACAGUCCCACAGUGUUGAUUUCACCGUAUCUGUAUAAGGGCUUCCCGGUGCCAGUCAUUCCACAGCCGGAGAUUCUGAGUUCUGUGGCGUACAAUCCUAUCACGGUAUGGACUACGAGCAGUCUGCCGCUGUCCCCACUACCAAAUGACCUCUCCCCGAUCUCCGGAUACCCUUCGUCCCUUGGACGCGUUAGUCCACCCCCGCUCUCUGACACGUCUUCUAAAGACCACAGUGGUUCUGAAAGUCCCAUAAGCGACGAAGAUGAGAGAAUGCACACCAAGCUCAGCGACCCGCACGCCGUUGAAGCUGAGAAGUUUCAAUGUAGUUUGUGCAACAAGUCCUAUUCCACGUACUCCGGACUGUUAAAGCACAAGCAACUACACUGUGACGCACAGACAAGGAAAUCUUUCAGUUGUAAAUACUGCGAAAAGGAGUAUGUAAGCCUUGGAGCUCUGAAGAUGCACAUAAGGACCCACACGUUGCCUUGUGUGUGUAAAAUAUGCGGCAAAGCUUUUUCCAGACCCUGGUUGCUUCAAGGACACAUCAGAACGCAUACCGGAGAGAAGCCCUUUUCCUGCCCACACUGCAGCCGAGCCUUCGCUGACCGGUCCAACCUCAGGGCUCACCUACAAACCCAUUCUGAUGUGAAAAAAUACCAAUGCAAGAACUGUUCCAAAACCUUCUCCAGAAUGUCUCUUCUGCACAAGCAUGAGGAAUCUGGCUGUUGUGUAGCACACUAAGCUAGGAUACCAGCAGAGACCUUUACUACUCCAGUGGAGCAUACAAGGAGGUUUUAUUCUGUGUCUGUCAAGUCUCUUUUGACUGAGAAACACAAUCCGUGUCAUUUCAAUGUAAAACUAUCACAGUAUCAGCUCUCGUCACAUACAUUUCAUUUAAACAGUAUUCUUUUUUUUAAACUCUUCCCUUGCAAUCAGUGUUCUACUUUUUCCUACAAAGUGCCUAGUUGUUCAUACUGUAUGCGUACGUGUAAGCAGGGGUCUGUCUUUGUAGUAGGCCCCCUCCGAAUAUUGUGAUGUUCUAGCCAAUAUCGAUUACAGAAUUGGUAUCAGGAAUGGUUACAGGCAUCUUAUUACUGACGCCUGCUGUGCGUCUGCACCUUUUGAAGCAUUGCACGACAGACAUUCCACAUGGUUCAUGGUAACAGUACAAAGAGGUGAUUUCCAACCGAUGGGAUAUCUGAAGCCUUUGCUGUAUAGGGAAUAAGUGCAAGACAUGAUGUUUUUUUCUGUCGUUUUUUUUUUUUUUUUUUGAAGAGUGAAAGUAUUUAAACUUCAGUUGCACAAUCAUAACGCAAUAACUGAUUGACAGCACUCAAAAUAGCAAUACUCUGGCAAGUGCCUUAACUUGAUGUGGCAUUUGUAAUGUCUGUUUCUAAAUAAUUAAGUUUUUCAUUUUAUAUUUUUAUAUAUUUGAAUGUAUUAUGUGUGGAUGAAAUGAGUGCAUUUUAUCUAGAGCGUGUGAGCAAAAUGGCUGAAUGAAUGAAUGUUUUUAGUGUUUUUUUACACACAUUUUAAAUAAAAAAAU